UUUACAUUGCCGUUGCAGAUCUCCCAAUUCGCGAUCGCAAAACCGCCGUCGGCGCCAUGGCCAAAAAUGCGCGACCUUGGAGAACUACUAACUUGCGGAGCUGCUCAGAACCCUAACCUCAAAUAGUGCUGAAAUGUAUAGUUGUUUCAAGUAUAAGCCGUGAAUUAAAUUUUGAUCUUAUAACCUACCGAUUGUUUAUGAAAAUGGCACAGAACAAUUAUCUCAAGAAUUCGAAAAGAGGAUGCUGUGUUCCACAGUGCAAAGUUAAGGAUAACCUGAAUUUAAGUUUCCAUAGUUUUCCAUCCGAUUUAAUUUUACGGAACAAGUGGAUGAAAGCAUUGAAACUGAGAGGAAUUUACAAUGAAAACAUGAAAGUUUGCAGUCAACAUUUCUCUCUUGACGAUUAUAUAAAGCGGCAUGAUGGAUGCAUCCCGAAGAAUCGGAGAUUGAAAAAAAAUGUAAUCCCAUCAUUUAAUUUCCCGUCUUCAGCAUCAAGUUCAAACAGUCUUUGUGAUCAAGGAGAUCUGGUGUUUACAUCAAUUUCCUACGGAAAUUCUAAGAGAUAUCAAGGUCAAGAACAUGUGCGAGACCACAUGAUGCAUGAUGUCAGGGAGCUAGACGAAGAGACGAAUUGUAUUGGAGAGUCUGGGACUGUAUUGCCAGUAGCCAGUAGUGAUUUAAUGUUCGAAAGGGAUGCAACCUGGCAGACUUGUGUCAUGAAUGAGGAUGUAGCCGUGCAGGUGGACAUACAAAAACCAAAAAUGGAUUCAGCUAGUCAAGCAUGUGUCCUAACUUGCGUCGCAGCUGUCAGCACCAGCAUCGUCAAAGUAGAUGCAGGGGUUCAAGUAAAUCUUCUUGGAAUAAAAGCUAUUCAUAAAGAAACACAAACAAACAACGCAACAGUAGAUCAAUUCAUCGAAGGAGACGAGAAAGUGUUAAAUGCGUUCACUGGUCUAUCCACUUUCAGAAUCUUGGCUUUGUUAACCCUGUGUGUCACUCAAUUACGGAUGAGAGUUAAUCCAACUGUAAAUGACUGUCUUACCGUACGAGAAAAAAUCAUCCUCGUGUUUAUGAAAUUGAAAAUAAACUUAUCGUAUAUUGGGUUAUCGGCUAUAUUUAAGGUUUCACCAAAUACAUGUAAAAAUUAUUUCAUUAAUACGAUCAAUGAUUUAGCACACGUGUUAAAAACCGUUGUUAGAUGGCCCGAAAAAAAAGAAAUUUUACAAAAUCUCCCAAAGUGUUUCGAAGGGUACCGUAAAACUAGGGUAGUACUGGAUUGUACCGAAAUACCAAUUACUAAAUCUAAGUGUUUAAAAUGUCGAUUCCCAACUUAUUCGCAUUACAAAGGCAGACAGACAAUCAAGUUUUUACUCGGUAUAUCACCUUCAGGACUUAUAUCUUUCGUCAGUAAAGCCUAUGGUGGUCGAGCUUCAGAUAAACAAAUAUUUUCCCGAUCUAAAAUCUUGGAAAAAAUGAUUCCAUCCAUUGAUAGUGUAAUGGUAGAUAAGGGUUUUCUCAUUGAUGCUGAGUGUGCUCGUUACGGGAUAGGAUUAAUACGACCGCCGUAUUUGAGAAAAAAUAGACGUUUUACGAGAGCAGAAGCUGAAUCGACUGCACGCAUUGCUGCUGCACGUGUUCAUGUAGAACGCACAAUCCAGAGAGUAAAAAUCUUCAAAAUCAUGGAAGGGAUUCUGCCCCAACAUUUGGUUAAAUACUCCGAUGAUAUCAUGACCGUCAUAUGUGGAAUCACAAACUUGAGCCGUCCAAUUCUGAGUGCUGAUAAAUUCUCAGUCGUGAUUGAACAGCCAAAAUGUUAAAAAUACUCUUAUUUGUAUUGUAACUGUAAAUAAAUUCGCCCAUAUUCA